UCAGUUUCUGCCUUUAGGGUUUUAAAAUCUCUUCACCUCCCCCAAUUCCAAUUCCAAAUCCAAAUCCAAAUCCACGCACGCGACCAACAAAUUACCCCAAAUCCCUAACCCUACAUCGCCUCAACAUGGAUUCGGUCAAAUUGACGCAAGGCGCAAUAGCUUUCAUGACCAGCGACGCCGCCGACGCCGACAAGUCCAACUUCAAGCCGGUGCUGCAGGUCGUCAGUGUGCGCCUCGUCAAUACUCAGAAUCAGACCGCCGAGCGCUACCGCGUCCUGCUCUCCGAUGGUGAAUUCACUCAGCAAGGAAUGCUGGCCACCCAGCGCAAUGAAUUGGUGAAAUCGAAUUAUCUGCAGAAUGGCUCUGUUGUUAGGUUGACGCAGUUCGUCUGCAACGUUGUCCAGAAUCGCAAGAUUAUCAUCAUCAUUGAUCUAGAUGUGAUAGUUGACAAAUGUGAUCAGAUUGGUCAACCAAAUCAGUAUCCAGUGAAGGGUGAUGGCCCUGUCCCUGCCCCUGGCCCUGCUGUAACCAGACCAUAUGCACCAAGUCAGCUGAUGAAUCAGCCAGCUUACCCUGCCGAGUCAUCAUUUAGCGUUUCCUCUCCAAUGCAACCUGUGGGUGCUAGUCCUGCUGGAGCCCAAUUUCAACAGUCAGGGGAAGAGUACAAUGCUGGCACACAUUCUUAUGGUAAUUCUUUUCCUAGCAAUAUGAAUCCGGGUAGAUAUAACCCUCCGAAUGCGUCGCAAGUAUUUCCCAGACCUGAACCUGGUUCAGCCUAUCCCAAACCUGAUGUUGGUCCAGGCAUUCCACGAGCUCAGUUUAACAAUUAUGCCCGCCCGCCUAGUUCAUUGCAUCAGCAGCCGUCUCCAAUCUAUUCAAAUAGAGGUCCAAUUGCCAAAAAUGAAGCUCCUUCAAGAAUAAUACCAAUUGCAGCAUUGAAUCCGUAUCAAGGUAGGUGGACAAUCAAGGCCAGAGUGACAACAAAGAGUGAACUCAGGCUGUACAGCAAUCCUCGAGGUGAUGGAAAAGUGUUCUCAUUCGAUCUGGUUGAUGCUGAUGGUGGAGAAAUAAGGGUCACUUGCUUCAAUGCUGUUGCGGAUCAAUUUUACCAACUAAUUGAGCCUGGCAGGGUUUAUAUGAUCUCCAAAGGAACGCUAAAACCUGCACAGAAAGCAUUUAACCACCUACGCAAUGAUCAUGAGAUAAUGCUGGAUAGUACAUCAACUGUGCAACCUUGUCAUGAAGAUGAUAGGGCCAUCCCACAGCAGCAAUUUCAUUUCCGCCCCAUAAGUGAUAUAGAAGGUCUGGACAACAACAGUAUUUUGGAUUUGAUUGCUAUUGUUUCUUCAAUCAAUCCACCCAGCUCUAUAAUGAGGAAAAAUGGUACUGAAACUCAAAAAAGAACUCUCCAAUUGAAGGAUAUGUCUGGGAGAAGUGUUGAGUUGACUUUGUGGGGAAACUUCUGCAACGCUGAAGGACAAAAGCUACAAUCCAUGUGCGAUUCUGGUCUUUUUCCUGUUUUGGCAGUGAAAUCUGGCAGGGUUAAUGACUUCAAUGGGAAAUCUGUGGGCACCAUAUCCAGUACUCAGUUGAUUAUAGAGCCUGAUUGUCCCGAGGUUCAGAAACUUAAAACUUGGUUCGACAGCAAUGGUAAGAACACACCUGCUAUAUCUCUUUCAAAGGAAUCAGGCCCAGCCCGUAUGGAUGUACGCAAAACCAUAUCUCAGAUCAAAGAUGAAAAGUUAGGGACCUCUGAGAAGCCAGAUUGGAUCACAGUAUCUGCCUCAAUUGUAUUCAUAAAAGUUGAUAACUUUUGUUAUACUGCAUGUCCAGUCAUGAUUGGAGAUCGACAGUGCAACAAAAAGGUUACUAACAAUGGAGAUGGGAAAUGGCGUUGUGAGAGAUGUGACCAGUCAGUUGAUGAGUGUGAUUAUAGGUAUAUCCUCCAGAUGCAAAUCCAGGAUCACACUGGCUUAACAUAUGUGACUGCAUUUCAGGAGACCGGAGAGGAGAUAAUGGGUAGAUCUGCCAAAGAGCUGUACUACAUGAAAUAUGAAGAACAAGAUGAUGAUAAAUUCUCUGAGCUGGUGCAUGAUGUCCUUUUUACAAAAUUUAUCUUUAAACUGAAAGUGAAGGAAGAGAUUUUCAGCGAUGAACAGCGGGUAAAGUCAACUGUAGUCAGAGCAGAUAAGGUUAACUACCCAACAGAGACCAAGUAUCUGCUUGAUUUGGUUUCUAAAUUAAAAGAUGAUGACUUAGGUUCACUACCUCCUAAAAGUGAGAGUAUGUCUGCAGUAUCCGGGCUGACUAGUGGUGGAUUUGGUGGAAGCAGACAGCCUGAAACUGGUGCAGCUAUGAAUUACAGCGGAGUUGCUAACAAUGUGGCUAGAGAGGGUGGUGCAAGUAUGAGUCAAUAUGGUAACCAGUAUGGUGGCUCGAGAUAUCCUUCAACCGGUUCGACUGGAAUGUAUACAAGUUGUGGUAGCUGUGGUGGCUCCGGGCAUAGCUCUGCAAAUUGCCCAAGCCUAAUGACUGGUGCUGGACAAUCAUAUGGAACUGGGCCAACUGGCUUUAGCAACAGGGCGACGCCUGGGGCUGCUGGUGGUGGUGGUGGUGCAUCUGGAGACUGCUUUAAAUGCCAUCAACCUGGGCACUGGGCAAAUGACUGCCCUAAUGUUGGCAGUGCUCCUCCUGCUUAUGGGGGCAAUAAUGCCAAUCCUGACUGCUUUAAAUGCCAUCAACCUGGCCACUGGGCAAAGAACUGCCCUAAUAUUGGCAAUGUUCCUCCUGCUUAUGGGAGCAAUAAUGCUAAUCCCGGGAGAUACGGAAUGGCAUCGAAGCAGUACUAAGAUUUACUGGCUGAUGAUAUCUUUUUUCGAACAUAAGGAUUGCCUUCUAUGAAAUUAAAUAUUUUUGUUUUAGGCGGAAGCAGGCUUUCAAGUCAUGUGUUUUAAUUUUCUGUGAAGAGGUGUUCAUCAUGUAAUGGCUCUGGCUUCUUGUUGGCUUGGGUUUUGUUACGAAUGUACUGCUUAAAAUGCUUUUGUAAAUUAGUCAUAUCAUAUCUUUUGUGGAA